AUGGGCUACAUUUCCAGGAACCAUAUUUUGAUCAUUUUAAUUAUUCUUCUGGCUCUUUUGGGGUAAGACGUAUCCAUCACGCUACCAAUUAUUAUUAAAAGUGGUGAUAUGCUGUAAAUAUGUAAAUAAUUGCAAAUAUUCUCUGCAUGUCCUUAUAGAUGGAAAAAUUAGUACAAACAAAUAUUGUAAUGUUCACCAAGUGACUUGAAUAUAAUGCUUUAUUUCUAGAAUUCAUAUUUGGGUUAAUUAUUAUUUUUUUUUUGGUCUUUUGUUUUACUACGUGAGAAAUAUUACCAGUUAGUUACAUGUUUAACCUGCAAGAUAUUUUCAAAGAGAAAUAAAAUCUGCUGCCUUUUUUAGCAGCAAGGUAUUAUAUUUUUCUUACUGUAGGUCUCCUGAUAACAUAAGAAAUGUUAAGAGAUCAAACCUGGAAAACAAGAUUAUACUCCACAAAAUAUCAGGAAAAACAACACAAACUCAAAACACAAAAAAUAAACAUAUAUAUAUAUAUAUAUAUAUAUAUAUAUAUAUAUAUAUAUAUAUAUAACCAAUAAUUCUAAAAAAACAUUGGACUUUAAAUCCUUCAAAAAGUCAUUUCAUGCAGACCCUCUGUGACUGCAUCUUUAUUCUUUGUUAAUAAAUUGUUACACAUUACCCUCUUUAUGCAUAUGCAACCACUUUGUUCAGUGAAAAUCAGCUGUUAGAAACACAAACUUUAGACUUUCGUCACCUUAAAGCCAACAUUAUAUGAUACAUGAAUCAAUACACUUCAUGUUAAUACAAGGGUAAUUAUCAGUGGACCAUAACUGAACAGAGUCAUGAGUCAUCAGUCAUAAGUCUCCUUAUGUGAUGGUGUGCCAUGGUCAUAGUAGAUGUUUGCUCAAGAUGAUUAUUAUUUGAUUAGUCUGACUAUUUCAAUGGAGCCUUCGUGAGAAUGCAAAGAUAAAGAUUGUAGCCCUCAGAGGUGCUUGACCUAAAUGGUCAAACAUUACUUUGCACAUAUAAUUUGGAAUAUUUUUUUUAAAUGGUGGGUUAAAUCCACUAUUGCACUAUUAGACAUUUAUAGUUUAGGACUUUCUUCAAAGAUGUUUUUAAAGAUUCUGGGAAACCUUUCUGAAAAAUCUAACAACAUUUAGGGGAAUGCUGGUCCACCUGAAAGCUCUGUGAGGAGAUUUCUGACAUUUAUAAAAUAGACUGAUUUAUAUUGGUGGCUUUUUUAUUAAUGUAAUAAUAUUAUAUUUCAAUAUGCAAAUGUAAAUAAGACCAUCAGUGGCAAGAUUGGCAAUUUUAUAUUCUAAUUUUAAAUGACAAAACCCCAAAACUGGUGUAAGGGGGUAGGUGUCAACUGAACAGCUGAAGAGGCAGCCCUGAUUUUAUGAUUUCCACAUGAAAAUUUCAAAAUGAAUAAUAUAUUUCACAGUAAAAAAAGGAAAUGUUUCAUCAGAGAACAGUGAGGAUCUUUAACUAGAAAUGUUGAGAAUAUUUCCUGUAUUUGUGUGCUUAUCGGUGGAGAGGAGUCAACCUGUUAACUGUUGAGAACAAUUGCUGCUAAAAGCACACCAUGCAUCAACAAGAGCUCUUAUUGUUAUUUUACAUCACUUACAUCAUGGAUAUGACAUGGUUAGCAAAGUUUUAUUAAGCUAUUCACCUGAGGAAAAAGGACAGGGAAGAAAAUCCAAAGUAAAAGGAGAAAGACCACUGACAGAGAACUAACCCAAGGUUUUGACCGUGUUUUCUGAAUAGCCGUUAUGAAAUCAAAUAGAAUUUAAUAAACAGGAGAAAAGUUCGAUAAUUAAAGGGUCCUGGUAUUUGUACGAGAAUACGGAUGUUGUCAAAGGUGUGUACAAUAGUUCUUUUUGUGCAGAGCAAAGACAACGUGAAUAAUCAAAGGGUUCAUUUCAUACUCUGGUGUAUAAUCAUUUUGACUAACUGUUGUUUGCUUGUGUGUCUCCACAGAGUGAUGUAUAUUUCCUUAAAAGACAACAUAUCCUAUUUCAGGUAUGUUUUCUGUCCCACAGACGUAACAGGGAACUAAAUAAACCUUUCAGCUCAAGAAAGUCCAGCUAAAGUAUUAAUAAAUGUUCUGUAGCUGCUGGUAGGAGUGGAUGUAAACUGUUACAGUUACAGGGCUGCACAGUACCAUCGGCAUCAUACCUACAUCAUGAGCUAAUGGCUUAAUAAGUCAACUGUAAAUAUCAGUGGGUAUGAAAAUGGCUGCGGAUGUAAUUAUCAUCCAAAAAGGGGGAUGCAUCAUUAUGUGCAUGCAAAGCUAGUUUACACAUGUUGGCUAUGUGGAGGUGUAUUAAAGUGUUGGAAACAGUCAGCAGAUGUAUUACUUAAUGAAUAUCUAUAUUUAAUAAAAAUAUAUUCACCAUUUAUGGUGAAAUCAAAUGGUGUUUGUCUUAAUUUAUGUCUGUUUCUGAAGCACAAAGAAAGACUGUAACAAGUUCACUCUAUUAUCAGGGAAAAUUUGUGUUCUUGCCAAUGAAAAUAAAAUAAAUAAAAUGUGUACAUAUUGGAAUUGAUAUAGAUAUUGUCCAACAUGAGUUUAAAAUACUUGCAAAAUGAUUGUAUCCUACAUCCCAUAAAUUACACUUGAUGGUUAGAACUCAUAUUUCUUGAUGUAAUCAUUGCAAUGGAGGUUAUUGUAGAAGAAACACAAUGAUUCUUGAGACCCUUAUUUCAUCUGUCUUUUUAUUUGCUUUAUAAAUAUUUUAUUUGAAGCUGCCCGAUUUGUGAGCAUCACCCUGAGGCACCUCUGACCAAUGACGAAUUGAUAAAGCAACAUUGCCCAGAAGACAAGAGCAGGAGGUUUGGAGACCUAAAAAUGCAGCCCGGGUGAGACUAUACUCUAUUUUAGGAGAGGGAAAAAAACAACAACGUUUAAACGAUGUCUGGACUAACUAACCCCCAUUACUAUCAGAGGUAAAGCAAGUGAUGACACCUUGGAACUGUGUGCUGUGAAUGACCAGCGGGCAGCAACAUUUCUGGUUACUCAAAGUGGUUGAGUAACCAGAAAUGUUGCUUUUCAAUGGUUGCUUUGUGAAUAGUGGUGCUUUGUACUAUAAAUAAAAGAUUUAUCUGUUUGUACUGCAUUGGACAUAGAUUCCAGUAAAUAAGUCGUUAUCAUAGGGACAUGUAAUCAGGAACAGAUUAACACAGAUUAGUGUUGGUCUGAACAUGCUUAGCUCUGCCCCCUUGAAAACCAGAUUGUGGACCUCCAAAAUGCUAUACUCUGUUUUAAAACAGUAAUUUAGAACUGGAUAAUGUAAAGGUGUUAACAGACACUUUAUUUACACAUGGUAUGACUCAGGGGCGCACAACCUGACAGUACUUUUAACAGAGCAGCACAAGGUGAUAAUUUUCAGUAUAUUUGGUCUUUUGGGAUUGUUUCUUUUCAUGAAUGCUUGCUUGCCUAUGUCAUUUGUUAAUGCCAAAUAUUUUUGUCUUUAAUGAUUAUUUUGAUUUCUCAACUUAACUCCAUUUUCUGUGGAAAAUAAAGCUCUUACAUUUAAUUUGAUUCACAGAUUGCACUAUGCCCAGCCAAGCACACAGAGAGGGUAAGAUGCAUAUCAGAUAAAACAUCAUACAGUGCAGAACAUGUUGAAAGAUUUUGUCAAAUAUUUCAAAAACACCUCAGUGUUUCUUAUAACAGACCGAAAGGAAAGACCUUUAGGUAGUAUCUUGCUAAUUUGUAAGAAAUAUUGUUUCCAUGUUUACCUGUAAACAAGUAUCGAGUCCAAAGCUUAGGGAAAUAAAUUGUGCACACAAAAGUUUUUGCUUGUUUAAUCAAGACAGUAACCUGUGUGUACAAUUUAAAACAGAUAAUUUGUGCAGGUCUGCAUUUGCUCUGUACAACAGUAUUGAUUUAAAAAUAGAACAUGACUAAAUUAGAUUAGAUAUGACUUUUUUGUCAGACUAUGUCUGAAACUUGAUUUGCAUCAAUGCAGCUUCAUUUACAGCAAACUACAUAAGAUACCCAGAAAAACACAAGCGAAAACACCAUUGUAACUCAGAAUAUCAGAGCAACAAGAGAAACACUAAUAUCUGACCGGUGUGUGUGAUGAGAGGAAAGGUUGUGAUUUUAUAUGGUGUCUCCCUAGCAGGUGCCACAACUUGUUGAAUACAGUAAAGAUUCACAGAAAAUCCAUUGAUUAUAGUUUCAGGAACAGCUCAGAGUUGAAUUCAGAUACAGGUGUACAUUGAGUAACUAGUCACAUGUUUCUUUUUCUCUCCCUCAGACGCACUGAUGUGAACUCCGUGACAAACUGGAACGCUCCUCUGGUUUGGGAGGGAACCUUUGAUCGUGUUCUCAUCGAUGCAAUCUAUAAGCAACAGGACCCCAGAGUCGCUGUGAUUGUGCUUGCAGUUGGCAAGUAGGUACACAGAAUCAUAUGGGUGGUUCACUACUUGGAGCUGAAAUUUAAAACCUUUCGAUCCAAAGAACAAUAACAAUAAUAAUCUUAAAAAAUGACAUUCAUGCACUCAGCAAUGGAGCAACCAUUGAACCAAUCUCAUAUCUUAAGCCAGAGUUCUCAUUUCAGGGACCCCACUUCUGAAAGUACACUAACAGACAAUAGCUUAGAAAAAUAAAUGAAGAAGUUAUUACAGGAUCAACAAUUUUACAAUAUAAAUGCAACAAAUGAUAUGACUAUAAUGAUGGAUGAAUGAAAGAUUUGGAGUUGGGCUCUGGCUGUUUAAGUUAAUGAUAGUGAAUGAAUAUGCACUAACAUAUUAACCUACAUUAACUGUGAAUUGGAGAUACAUUUGGAUGUGAAUUUGGAUAAAUUUAGGAUUAUUCCAAUUAGUAAUUAGAGGUUUGCAUACCCAAGCGAGGCUGGUCCUUGGAGAGGAAGAAGGAGGUUCACAGAGGGUCCGGGCUACGGACGGUUUGAAAGGUUUGUCUCGGCAGAGGACCAAAGUACGCCAAAUGCUGAUCCAGGGGUCACAGCACACAGGCCUGAAUACAACACCAACACCUUUAGUAUCCUCUGGAUUCUCUUUCUGUCUCACAACAAAGCUUUGGCUCAGAGGAUGACUUUAGGCCCACUGUUUGGCGUUCAGUGACUUUUCGAAAUUAAAGAAAAAUAAGUUACAGACUUAAUCUAAGACUACUAUGUGUGCAAAAUUAUUGAAUUUCAAAAUGUAAAACACGUGUCAAUGACAAAAGAACUGAGAAAAACUAAAGGAUGAAGCAGGAAAAAUGAGAGGUAAAGGGCAGACUAAAUAAAAACAAAAGAGUAAGGCUAAGAGAGUGAGCACCCUAAAUGUAGUGGUUUUAUGUUCUUCAAACUGGGGGGGUCUUAGGGAUGUGUGUGUGAGAGAGCAGAUAGAGAGGGGGUCAUUGGUCUCCUGCUGCAGUUUGACUCGAGGAGACCUUUGAAAUGUUUAAACAAGUGAUGAUUGUUGGAACUAUGAGCGACUUAAGUGUCAGACACUGUGCAUUUAAUCAUCGUUUUGGUCCAUAUUUAACCAUGGCCUCACACUAUGCAGCGCUUGAACUCUUGAACUCUUGCUUAUUGCCAAAGUUUGAUGAGGACUGAAUAGAAAUUUUCCUGCUGGUGUGUCUGUGCAUCAGGCACUCGAUUGGUCUCUACAGUCACAUGAUAAAGGUGAGGAGGAACAGAGCUGGCUUGAUUUGUUUUAAAAGUACUCCAUCCAUUCCAAUGAUUACUUUGCAAAUAUCAGAAUAUUGAUACUAUAGCAUCACUACUCCCAUCCUUGAGACUGAAAGGGUCUUUAACAGCCCUAUGAAUUGUGUGAUAUGUCCUCUGUUAUCUUUUCCACUCUGAAUGCACUUAUGCUCCUUCUGGCUUAAUUUUCCCAUUGUGAACAGAUACACUCGUUUCCUGAAAAAAUUCCUGGAGUCAGGUGAAAAGUUCUUCCUUGUAAACCUGAAGGUCACUUACUACAUCUUCACAGACAACGAACAAGACGUUCCCAAAGUGAGCUGUUAAAAUAUUUUCUAGAUUUGUUUUUAAACAUCAUGAUAAACUGUGCUGGAUGACGCCAUAACUCAGCGGGUGUAAUUCAUUUGUACUAAUUUUGUACUUGACCUGCUAGAUUGAACUGGCUGAAGGUCGGAGGAUCUCAAUCCUCCCUGUCCCUAGUGCCAAACGCUGGCAGGAAGUGGUAUUGAGCAGGAUGAAGUGGGCCACUGUCACCAUCGAGCAAAAGGUAGGAGGGGAAGAGUGAAACCGUGCAUGAUGGACAAUCAAAUCUUCAUUUAUUCACUUGAGUCUCUCUAUGAUCCUUUUAUCUCUUCUACAAUGUUGCUCAGCUCCGUGAUGAAGCAGAUUAUCUUUUUAUGAUGGAUGUGGACAGUGUGUUCCACAAUACCUUCGGAAGCGAGUCUCUCAGUAAGCUGUCUGCUGUGCUUCACCGAGGCUACUACAAGGUCCCAUUUUCUCCUUCUUUAUAUAUUCAUUUAAAGUUAACAGAAAUAUUUACAUUAUACUCAUCCUAUUUGUCUUGUUGUGUGCUGUGUUUUCAGCAAAAAAGGUUUGUUGUCUUUGUAGGGAUCCAUUUAUUUGAUCAUAAUGUACCAGAGGUGGACUGAUGUUGAUUUUUCAGGAAUGUCAAUGUCCUUUAUGAGAGAGCAGGUUGUCCAAUAAGUCACAUAUAACGGCAAUAUCAUGUCUUUAUUAUAGUUUAUUUGCAUGUGAUGCACUAUCACAGUUUAGAGAUAUGAAAAACUUGUUGCGUGUGAAUUAAAUUUCUCUCAAAUAUAUAAAGACAGUUGAUAUUAGGCUCAGAAAAAUAUUGCCACAAGGGACUUUUUUUUCUUGUCCAUCCUUAUAAAGAAUGAUGCGCUUGAACCGAGAGGUUGCUGCAAGUCUGGUCUCCCUGUGCAGUUUUUGCUCGAUUUUUUCGUAUUUUUGUUGCUUUUUGCUGGCUGCUGGUGGAUAUUUCUGCUUGGAGAAGAGUUAAUUCAAGAGAGCUCCUUUCAUUGAGACAGAGCAAAUCUGGACGUCCAGGAGGUUAUCGGAAGGUGUUACCAUUGUAUCCGUGCUGGUGUGAAGGUGAUGGCAAGGUUGAAUGCUAAGAGGUGGAGAUAUAAACCCUUACUCAUAUCAGUCAUCAUCAAACAACUGGGACUCCAGCGUGGAUCUACCUGGCUUCACUCUCAUAAGGUCAGACAGAGAUGCUUAAGCGAGUGGCAAGAAGAAAGGAGAAAGUCUGGUUUUAUUUGUUAACCAGAAAGGGUGUAACUCUUCACACAUACAUUACUGUUAAGGAGAAGUUGUCUUGUCCAAAUAUUAAACUGUUGGCAGUUGCUCUUUGGCCAUAUUAUGUUUCAGGGGAGUUCAUUCAUAUCGUAACAAUACUUGCUUACAUCCUACCCAAGUCAACGACUUGAAUUACGUGCAAUGUUCUGCAUGAUACUGUUGCUAAGAUACAGACUAAACACCCUGAGGCACUAAUAACAGUAUCAGGAGACUUGAAUCAUGUCACCCUCUCCCCUCACCUGACUGGAUUCACGGAGUUUGUAAACUGUUCUUCCAGAGAAAACAAAACCUUGGAUCUGCUGUAUGCCAAUGUCAAAGAAGCCUACAGAGCCACUGCCUUACCACCACUGGGCAAGUCAGAUCAUAACUUGGUUCAUUUACAAAACCUUGUGUGCCGAGGCAGCCUGUGACCAAAGUCAAAAUCAUAAGAUGGACACCUCAAGCCAGCUGGAAACAGAUGUGGAUAGUAUGAACAUUGUCAGACAGGUUGACCGUUUUACUGAAUACAUUAACUUCUGUAGAGACACAGUUAUACCUACAAAUACUGUUCACUGUCUCCCCAACAACAAACCCUGGAUCACAAGUGACAUAAAAGCAAUCCUCAACCAGAAAAAGAAAACUUUUAAAGACGAUUGCAAAGAAUGUCUCAAACAAGUGCAACAAGAGUUGAAGAGAAGACUGAGGAUGACAAAACUGGAAUACAAAAAAAAGCCUUGCCAGUAUUUUAUUAUUCCGCCUGUUCCCUGUUUUUGAUUUUUGCAUUUGACUCUGUACUUCUGCCUGUUUUGACUGGUUUUUGGUUUUUGACUUUGAAACGGACUUUUACUCGCCCUUUUGGUAUGCUCAUUAAAAUUGUGUUUUGGCCUUACAUCUGUCUUGGUGUCAUUCUGCACUUGGGUCUCUUCAGAACUGUGACAGCCUCCUACUCAACACCUCAAAGACAAAGGAAAUUAUCUUCGCCUUUGGCAGAUCCAAACCCCCUCUUCAGCCAGUAAACACUUGUGGUGUGGACAUCGAGGUCGUGACAUCAUACAAAUAUCUAGAUGUUUUUCUGGAUAUGUUGAACCGGUCGAAGAAUGUUGACUUUAUCUACAAAAAUGGGGCAGAGCCGUCCGAGAAGACUCUGCUCAAUAGACAUCUGAGUAUGAUGAUCUGGCUCAGGUGGUCACAACAAAGAAGAGGAGACACACACACCAUGUACUAUGUUCAAAAAUAAUUAUUUCUUAAAUUAUGAUAAACCAAAUUAUAUUUAAAGAAUGGAGUGUGUAAAUCUGUAAAAUCAGUUGUUUGUGAGAUGUGUGUGAGGGUGUUGUACCAAGUAAACAUAAAAUGAAACUUUAAACUAACUUGACCCUUACCAAACCAUACCAUACCACACCAUACCACACCAAACCAAACCAUGUACCUGCGAGGAGAGGGAAUCUGAGUAACUGUGGGAGCUUAAAUACCCUCAGCACCCAGGGCCCAGGUGUGCAUGGUUACUGAUUGGUGUGCAGAGGGAAACCAACAAGACACACCUCUCACAUAGUACCAGAGCGCUAGAUGGACCUACAGGGGCCUCAUAGUCUGUGGUGGCAAGUGUUCUGUUCUAUACUGCUGUGUGCUGGGAAGGCAGUAUAAAACACAAGGAUGCAGAACGUCUGAACAAACUUAUUGAAAAGGCUGGCUCUGUGGUUGGAAUCAAGUUGGACUCAGUGGAGGAUAUGGUGGAGAGAUGCACACUGAGGAAGUUGGAGACUAUUCUAAAAAACAUGGAUCACCCACUUCAUAACACCUUGAUGGACCAAUGGGCCUCUCUCUCACUUCGAUGCAGGACAGAAAGUUUCAAAAGAUCUUUUGUACCCAUAUCCAUCAGACUCUAUAACUUGACCGUAAAUAAUCCAGUAGAUGGCAUAAAACUUGAGACAUGAGAACCCAGACAAUCGAAUCUCCUCUCAGGGCUGAACAAAGUUCUUCUUAUCUUAUCUUUAUUGUUGGCUUGCAAUUAUAAAAAUGGAACAAAUACAAAAUGUAAUUCUUUAUUCUGUAUAUUACCCAGAACGUACCUAGGAAACAAUUCCCAUAUGAGCGUCGACCUGAGUCCAAAGCCUACAUCCCUAUUGAUGAAGGAGACUAUUAUUACACUGCUGCAGUGUGGGGUGGAUACAUUGAGGACAUGUACAAGUUGGUCAAGUAAGCAAAUUUAACUAGCCCACAUUAUCUGAAAGUUACUUAAAUGCUUUUUCUCAAAAGGGAUAUGAAUACGCUGUGUAUAACAUUAUGAGACCAUUAGGGCUACCAAAAUGUUGGAUUUUCACCCAGCAACUAUCAAGACCAUAAAAUAUGAAACAUAUAUGAAUCAUAAAAUCAUUUUUUGAUCCACUUGUCGUCUUUGAAUGCCAGAAUGUCAGUAAAAGUAUAUUAUGGCAGCCUUGAAGAGCAUCAUCUCACUUUUGAUAAAGAUGCUUAAGCUGAUCUCUCAUGUUCUGUGUUUCUUUUCUCAAAAGAAAUGUUUCAAAAGGCUUUGUCAACAGAAUCAUGACAUGAGGUUUACUGUUUUUCUUAUCAGACACUGUUAUGAGCAGUCAGAGGAGGAUGCAAAGAAUGGGAUUGAAGCUGCGUGGCAAGAGGAGAGUCAUCUCAACAGGUAUAGUGGCACAACCUUUUUCAAGUGUUUCUUGUUCAUGAAACAUAAGCAGAAUGAAUUUGUGAGUUAACUGUUCAGGUGAUCCAUAUUCAUCAAUAUUUCAGACACACAGAUUUAAGCUUUUGACUACAUUUAAUAUGCAAAAUGGUUUGUUUAGAACCACUUAAUUAGUGUGUUUUCUACAUGUUUAAUGAUAAUCAACAAAGUAAAUCACAAAAAAGUUGUAAAUAUACCCAGUGUGAAGUGUUGUCUAAGAUGUAGUGGCUAAGCCAGCACACCAUUUGGUCCUGUACUGUGAAGAAUUCAAUAUGAUGAUCAAACAUGUGUUACUUUGACAGUUUUGGCAGUUAUUUGAAUAUUUCUAAAUCCUACUCAUUAUGCAUAUAAUUUGUCAAUUUGUGUAAACUAGUUUACACACGCACACAUCUGAGUCAAAGAGAAACUGGAUUUGGGUUACCAUGGUCACUAUCAGAGAGAAGCAUUAUUCUGAGUUGUUCUUUAACUUUAGCAGACCUCUUUUAUAAACUUAUCAAGUGGCGUGAUCUCUGUUUUUGCUUUUUCUUGGCUCAUUAUUACUACGUACCUCAGCAUAUGUAAGGUUGGUAGUAACCAAGGAAUACCCCGCACAUUGCUGCAGUGAUUCAUGUGGAGCCCCGACCCCAACUGAGUGAUACAGAUAGUCACACUUUUCAGUAGUGCAACAUUUCUGUGUUGAAAAUCCUUUUUUAUCAGUGGUUUGAAGUUCAAAUUUUUUGAGAUACUGAAUUUUGGGUUUCAUAAACUGUAAGCUACAUUCGUCAAAUUAAAAGAAAUAAACACUUAAAAUUUAUCAGUAUGUGCGAUGAAUUGAUAUAAUAUGAGUUUCACUUUUUGAACUGAAAUACUAAAGUUAAUUGACUUUUUGAUGAUAUUCUUAUUUAUUGAGACACACCUGUAUAAUAACCCCACAUGAUUGCCAGGAUGCUUGUUUGGAGCUUAAAGUGAUCAUUUCAUCAGAGUUUUUGGACAUCAGCACUGAAUGAAAUGAUCUUGUUGGUUAAAGAUGCAGGUUGCCAUACCGUUUUUUUGUUAACCCUUAAGACUGGAAGUAACAUUUGUUUUUUUUUCCAAAUGUGACUCUCUAAAGAUGAUGCAGGAGUUAACCUUAUUAAAAGACCACCUAGUUGUAUUUACCGUCAGUUUUUUUCCACCAGUAUAUGUUGUUUUGUCCUGUUGGAUCUUAUUAGUACUUUGGAAAAUAGAGAGAAAACACAAAAUGAUAUCAGUCACUGGUAUGGAUUAUUUUUUGAUGUGGCGUGUACAGGAAUUAGGUAACAACAAAGCUAACUGUCUCUCUGUCCUGCAGGUAUCUGCUGUACAACAAACCCACCAAGGUGCUGUCCCCAGAGUACCUGUGGUCAGACUAUGAUGCCGUACAACCAGAUAUUAAAGUCGUGAGGGUCUCCCAGAUAGUCAAAAACUAUUCUGAAGUGCGGCCCAAUAAGGGACAUUGAUUUCGGGUCUAUCAUACUCAGGAAGCAAAACUAUGUCUUAAGAAAUUAAGAAGUUAAAAAGGGAAUUAGGCUGAGAUGCAAGUUCACCCUAGGUAUUGUGAGCUCAAGUUAGAAAAAAAUGUAAAUUCAUGGAUUUCAAUGCUUUCAAAUGAAUGAAAGAUCAACUCUAUAGAUAAAAUAUUAAUUCAGGACAUGAUUAAAUUCUUUUGUUUCUUUAAAAAUGUUUAAAAAAAACUAAUUUAAAGCUUCCUUACAUUCAUAUGAUGUGUUAUUGUUUGUCUUUUAUUGUUUGAAAAUAAAAAUGCAUAUUAAACAGG